GGAGCGCCUGAAAAUGUAUCGCCAGGCUCUGGUGGCGGGUCUCCAUGGAGCGGCCAGACGGCCCACUAAUUUGGCUAAGACUCUCUCCCCUGAGCCAACCCUACUUUGCCUUCGAAUGGAAAGAUCCAACAUCGGGAAUGUCUGGUCAGCUGACAUGGACACGGCUACCUCAGGGAUUUAAGAACUCCCCGACCAUCUUUGAUGAAGCCCUCCAUCAGGAUUUGGCAUUAUAUAGAGAAUCAAAUCCCCAGGUAACAUUACUCCAAUACGUUGAUGAUAUUUUAUUAGCUGCUGAGACCCAAGAAGAUUGUAUCAAGGGUACUGAAAAACUGUUAACGGAACUUGGAACCCUGGGAUAUAGAGCCUCAGCCAAGAAAGCACAAAUAUGCCAACAACAGGUCAGUUACCUGGGGUAUCUAUUAAAAGGGGGGCAAAGAUGGCUCACGGAGAGCAGAAAGGAUACGGUGGCCCAAAUUCCGGCUCCCAAAAACGCCAGGCAGGUUAGAGAAUUUUUGGGGACGGCCGGAUUCUGUAGACUAUGGAUUCCAGGGUUUGCUGAGCUGGCAGCCCCAUUGUACCCCCUAACCAAAAACAGCACUCCUUUCGUUUGGGGCGAUAAGGAACAACGGGCUUUUGACCAAAUCAAACGAGCUUUACUUUCAGCUCCAGCCCUAGGACUGCCAGAUGUAACCAAACCUUUUCAUUUAUAUGUGGCCGAAAAUAAGGGCAUUGCAAAAGGAGUAUUGACUCAGAAAUUGGGUCCCUGGAAUCGCCCAGUUGCUUAUUUGUCAAAAAAAUUGGACCCUGUGGCAUCAGGAUGGCCCACCUGUUUAAAGAUAAUCGCUGCAGUGGCCGUUCUAGUCAAAGAUGCUGACAAACUAACUUUAGGACAAAAUCUAACGAUAACAGCUCCUCAUGCCCUGGAAAAUGUAGUCCGUCAACCACCGGAUAGGUGGCUAACUAAUGCCAGGAUGACCCAUUACCAAACCCUGUUGCUAAACUCAGAUCGCAUCAAGUUUGCUCCAGCCACAGGACUCAAUCCAGCCACCUUGCUACCUGAUCCUGACUUGGAAGGCUCCACCAUCAUACAUGAUUGUCAGGAAGUACUGGCCGCAGCACACGGCAGUAGGCCAGAUCUGAUGGACCUGCCCCUCCCUGAUGCUGAUUUCACCUGGUUCACGGAUGGGAGCAGUUUCCUGGAGGAAGGAUGGAUAGAGGCUUUCCCAACAAAGAAAGAAACAGCUGCUGUAGUAGCCAAGAAGAUUUUAGAAGAAAUUUUUCCUCGAUUUGGAGCACCAAAGGUAAUAGGGUCUGAUAAUGGUCCAGCCUUCGUCGCCCAGGUAAGUCAGGAUGUGGCCAGAUAUUUGGGGACUGAUUGGAAAUUACAUUGUGCAUAUAGACCCCAGAGUUCAGGUCAGGUAGAAAGAAUGAAUAGAACUCUAAAAGAGACCCUAACCAAAUUGUCCUUGGAGACUGGCGGUACAGAUUGGACGGUGCUCCUUCCUUUAGCCCUGUUCCGGGUUAGGAAUACACCUUCCCGGUACCAUCUUACUCAUUUUGAGGUGCUAUACGGGGCCCCACCUCCCCUUCUCACCUUAGGAGAAGAAAUAAAACCAGACUGUCAAAAUAACACUGACUUGUAUGCUAGGCUAUUGGGACUCCAACUGGUCCAAAAGGAGAUAUGGUCCCAACUCGCCGAGGCCUACCAACCGGGAACACCGGGAGAAACUCAUCCUUUCCAAGUCGGGGACUCCGUAUACGUCCGUCGGCAUCGAACCCAGACGUUGGAACCUCGAUGGAAAGGACCAUACACCGUCCUCCUAACCACCCCAACGGCCAUAAAAGUGGACGGCAUCGCUGCCUGGAUCCAUGCUUCACACGUGAAAGCUGCACCAGCGGCGGCAUCAUCAGGAUGGCAGGCCCAAAGAACCGACAACCCGCUCAAACUCAAGCUUCUACGAACCUAA